ACUGAAAUUGAAAUUGGGUUAGGGUUAGGAAUGUCAGACUAUCUCUCAGAGGAAGUGGUGGUGGAAAUUCUUCACAGAGUUCCCGUCAAAUCCCUAAUUCGAUUCAGGUGCGUUUCCAAAUCAUGGAACUCUCUAAUCACAACCUCUGCCUUCAUCAAAUCCCAUCUCACUCGAUCAAUUCCCAAAUCCUCCAACAAAUUAAUUGUUAGGCACUGCGUUGAUAGUCCCCAUGUAGAGCACUACAAGUUAAUUGACAACAACAAUGACUCCUCAUCUGAUCAAAUUCAACACAUUGAUUUCCCACUCACGAGUCGUCGUAUAAACCAUUUCCUGUUAAUCGGUUCCGCGAAUGGCUUGUUCAGUCUUUUUGAACAAGAUCGCUUUGUUCUUUGGAAUCCCUCUAUUAGAAAAUUUAUAACCCUUCCAAAGCCUUGCAUUACUGUCAAGAAGUACGGCCGUGUUACAUGUCGUUCAGCAUUCGGGUUUGAUCCGCGGACUAAUGAUUAUAAGGUGGUGAGGAUUGCAUUUCAAUGUAGAACUGAUACCUCUGAAGAGGCCAAAAUACCUCUUGUUGAGGUUUACUCUCUUAGUGAGGGCUCUUGGAGAAUAACAAGUGCUGGGGACUCUUUUUCACCCGGGAUUAGUUUUGACGAUUGGGGGCAACCAUCAGCUUCUUUAAAUGGGGCUGUCCAUUUUGUAGCGAAGGAUAGGGACAAUAAAUGGUGUCCAUUAGUUUCGUCAUUUGACUUGGGAGAUGAGGUUUUUCGCGAGAUGUCUGUGCCAAAUGGUGCACUCACUGGGAUUGAUUAUUUUCAUACCUCAGUAAUUGGGGGAUCUCUUUCUCUAUUAUGUCAUGAUACUCAUAAAAACACGGUCAACAAAUUCUGUUCCAUUUGGGUGAUGAAAGAGUAUGGCGUUGUUGAUUCUUGGACUAAACUGUUCACUGUUAAUCUCAACGGAGGACUUUUAAGGGUAUUAGGUGUCCAGAAGAAUGGUAAUAUAUUAGUGGAGGCAAAACUACCACAUCAUUGGGGCAUCGCUUCGUAUGAACCUAAGAGCGAACAAGUUAAGAAUUUGGGAAUUGGUGGGAGGCCAUACUAUUUUUGUGUUGAUAAUUAUAUGCAGAAUCUAGUCUUACUUGACAAACUGAAUGAUGCGGUUUCCAAAAGGGAAGCGAGCAGGAAGAGGAAAUGCAGGUUGACUUCAGAUGAAGAGCAGAGAGUACACCUGCUACAAAAGGCAAGACACCAGCUACAAGAAACAAUACAAGAAGAAGAGAGUUUAUGCCAGCAACUACAGCCAAUAAUACAUCAACAGGAAACAAUACUACAUCAACUAGAGACAAUACUAAUGACUCUACAAGAGGCAAUGAUACACGAUGAGAGAGAAUGUCAGCCACAAGAGGCAUCGCUAUGUCAACAAGAGACAUUACUGCAGCAGCGAAUGGAUAAAAUAGCCUCUUUAAUAUCAAAAGUGGAGAAAAUGGAUACUGUAAAAUCAGAAUGGGUCUUUAUAAUUCAACAAUUAAGGGGCCAGGUUAUUACUUCGGCUGAAGAAGAGACAAUACUACAACAGAAGAUGGAGAAAAUGACCUCUUUAAAAUCACAAUUGGAGAGAAUGGCCACUAUAAAAUCAAAAGUGGUAUUUUUGAUUCAACAAUUCAGGGGCCAGGCUGGGGACAUGUCUAGUGGUGCUGGAGAUCAAAGUUCAACACAAGUACAACAAAGAUCCUCUUCUGCAGGUCAGGAAAUGUGACCUUGCAGGGGGAAUGAGAUUUUUUUCUUCAUAUUUUGUUAUUAUUGGGAAAUUAUGGUCUUGAUUUGACACUCGUAAAAUUUGUGAUCGAUAUGAAAGGUUUUGUUUUAUAUGUUUAGAAGAAAAAAAAAAGUAGUUUUCAAUGAAUUUAGUAAAUUAUGUAUUAUGAGAGGAUUAUUAUUUUAGAUGGGUUUCUUGAAAGGUGAUGUGUUUCUUGAAAAAUUGAUAAGA